UUUACGUAACUCCAACAUACUAAUAUUCUAUUCAUCUGCUUUGCAUGUUUAUAAAGUUUGUCCCGGACAGGACACCGUAUAGUGAGGCAGCGUGAAAGCGGCGCAGGAGGGAGAGCUAGUGUACCAAGUACCUCGGAGGUGACAGCAGUGUACCAGAAUUAGGAGCCUUCCUGAAGAUUGAGGUGACAACCACAAUUUUAGUGCCUAGUAGAACAGAAUGAGUCUUCGAAAACAGACGCCGAGUGACUUCUUGAAACAGAUUAUUGGGAGACCUGUUGUUGUGAAGCUCAACUCUGGAGUUGACUAUCGAGGUGUGCUGGCAUGUUUGGAUGGCUACAUGAAUAUUGCUUUGGAACAGACUGAAGAAUAUGUCAACGGGCAGCUGAAGAACAAAUACGGAGAUGCAUUUAUCCGAGGAAAUAAUGUUUUGUAUAUAAGCACACAGAAGAGAAGAAUGUGACAUUCCUUUAUUUUUUAUUUUUGUAAAAAGAGGCCAGCUGUUCAGACCGUGGAAGACCAAUGUCUACAUAAUUUGCUUUCUGAAAAAAAUGUUCAAGAACGAGGUGGUUUAUGAUUUGGUGAAAACUUAAAGCAAUUUUUUUUUUAAUGUGAAAGAGCUGUCAAGUUGUUUACUUUGUUUUACAUUUGUAACUCAGUUCCUUGUAUUUAAAAAUAAACACCAAUUAUGGGAA